AUGAGUGAUGUUGAGGUAAAUGACGUGAUUCACGACACGUAUGUAGGGGAGAGUGUGCGCGCCUACUUCGACCCCGGCCAUCGGUGGUACUUUCUGAGCGAGCAAAAGGUGGAAGAGACAAUCAUGUUCCGCAAUACUGAUUCAAGAGGCAUGCAAUAUCCUUGGUUAGUACUGGGUCUGGUCGGUUGA